UAGACGCCCCCUCGGGCGGGAGGCGUGGGGCGCUCCAUAAAGCGGCUCGGAGCUGUCACCCCGCGAGCAGGCUGCACCGCCUAGCACGGAGCCGGCGCCGAAGACUCGGGCGCCUCGGGCCAGGGAGCGCGGAGGAGCCAUGGCCACCAGCAACGGGGCCGUGGAGAACGGACAGCCAGACAAGAAGCCGCCUGCCCUGCCUCGCCCCAUCCGCAACUUGGAGGUCAAGUUCACCAAGAUAUUCAUCAACAAUGAAUGGCACGAAUCCAAGAGUGGAAAGAAGUUUGCCACCUAUAACCCUUCAACGCUAGAAAAAAUAUGCGACGUGGAAGAAGGAGAUAAGGCCGACGUGGACAAAGCCGUGGAGGCCGCUCAAGCCGCCUUCCUGAGGGGCUCGCCGUGGCGCCGGCUGGAUGCCCUGAGCCGAGGCCGGCUGCUGCACCAGCUGGCUGACCUUGUGGAGAGGGACCGCACCAUCUUGGCUACCCUGGAAACGAUGGAUACAGGGAAGCCAUUUCUUCACGCCUUCUUCAUCGACCUGGAGGGUUGCAUCAAAACCCUCAGAUACUUCGCAGGGUGGGCAGACAAGAUACAGGGCAGGACUAUCCCCACAGAUGACAACGUUGUGUGUUUCACCAGGCACGAGCCCAUCGGUGUCUGUGGGGCCAUCACUCCCUGGAACUUCCCUCUGCUGCUGCUGACGUGGAAGCUGGCACCGGCUCUGUGCUGUGGGAAUACCGUGGUGGUGAAGCCAGCGGAGCAGACGCCCCUCACCGCCCUUUAUCUUGGCUCUCUGAUCAAAGAGGUCGGCUUCCCUCCAGGCGUGGUGAACAUUGUGCCGGGAUUUGGGCCCACAGCUGGAAGAGCAGUUUCUUCUCACCCUCAAAUCAGGAAGAUAGCCUUUACUGGUUCCACAGAGGUUGGAAAGCUGGUGAAAGAAGCCGCCUCCAGAAGCAACCUGAAGAGGGUGACCCUGGAACUGGGAGGGAAGAACCCCUGCAUUGUGUGUGCUGACGCCGACUUGGACUUGGCAGUGGAGUGUGCCCAUCAGGGAGUGUUCUUCAACCAAGGCCAGUGCUGCACAGCCGCCUCCAGGGUGUUCGUGGAGGAGCCGGUUUACGCUGAGUUCAUCCGGCGGAGCGUGGAGCAUGCCCAGAAGCGGCCCGUCGGAGACCCCUUUGACGUCAGGACGGAACAGGGGCCCCAGAUUGACCAAAAGCAGUUCGACAAAAUCCUCGAUCUGAUCGAGAGCGGGAAGAAAGAGGGAGCCAAGCUGGAAUGUGGGGGCUCGGCCAUGGAAGACAGGGGUCUCUUCAUCAAACCCACGGUCUUCUCAGAAGUUACUGACACCAUGCGGAUUGCCAAAGAGGAGAUUUUUGGACCGGUGCAGUCAAUACUGAAGUUCAAAACUCUCGAAGAAGUGAUUAAAAGAGCAAAUAGCCUGGAAUACGGACUCACAGCAGCUGUGUUCACCAAGAGCCUUGACAAAGCACUGAAGCUGGCCUCCGCGUUAGAGUCUGGAACCGUCUGGAUCAACUGCUACAAUGCCAUCUACGCACAGGCUCCCUUUGGUGGCUUCAAAAUGUCAGGAAAUGGCAGAGAAUUAGGUGAAUAUGCGCUGGCCGAAUACACCGAAGUGAAAACCGUCACCAUCAAACUUGAGGACAAGAACCCCUGAAGGAAAGGUGGGCUCUUUCCGCAGACAUUUGACAGCUGAAUGUGGCAGGUCAACCUUGCUGAAGAAACAAACUGCAUUUCUGACUUUCCUGGCAUAUUCUCUUCUGGAGUCCUUACAUCUCCUGGACGUGAACGAUUUUUAUUUUCCUCUCGCACUCCUGUUUCGUUGACCAAUAGGUUGGGUGUGAAGUUGCAGUCCUGCCUGGGGAUGGAACUGUUGACAACUUCUGUGCUCCCUUUUCAACCAGGUCCAUCCCCGGGACAGUUAAGAGGCUCAGGGCGUUGUCAACAGGAAGUGGUAUUUGAAGUAUCCAGCAGUCGCUUAAAAAUGCUCUGCUGACUCUGACUCCGGUAAGAAUUUGGGGAAAACUCCGUGCGUGUUCUGGAAACAGGGCCCUGUGCCUGCACCCCUCCCACUGUUUAGUGGGAAAGCAAUAGCCCAAAGUUAAAAAAAAAAGAAAAGAAAAAAAAGGAAAAAGAAAGAAAGGAAGGAAAGCAGAAUUGGGAUGACCCUAUGUCUUUGGGGACUAAAUCUUGACAUUGACCAUGGGACUCAGCUGACAUCCAAAAAUACUGCCUUUGGAAUAUGACUGAAUCACCAGCCCAUAGAGCUUAUCUAAAUCUAUGUCGCGGGCUACCUUAACCAAGGCACUUUCUGAGGCAGAAAGCGUCUCGAGUGUCACAGUCCCAGCUAAGGAACCAGCGCUCUGACACCACAGCAGCAUAACAAAUCCUAGGAUAAUUAAGUCCUGCAGUUUACAAACCAGAGCUGUAAUCAGCUUUUACAAAUUACGCAUUUCUGCCACUUGCAUUUUAAUGAUUUAUGUAGUUUUCCUUUACUUCAGUCGGGUUAUCCAUUUUAGAUUAGGAAACCAUGCACACCUGGAAAGCCCUGGUUUGUUAAAGUCCUAUUUUGAUGUUAAUUCAUGAUUAAUUAACAAAUAACACUUGGAUUCUAUGGAGGAAUUGGGUCUCCCAUCAAAGUUGUCUGUUACUGCACUAAACAAGUUGGGAAUUUUCCAUUUCCAUUUUGUGUAUCCAACUCCUGUGCAAUUCCAAGAUUUAACUUGGAAAAUGGAAAGUGUUCCCAUACAGCUUUAAAAAAAGCAAAACCAAAUUUGAACUGUGUUCUGCGGAUGCUUUGACAAUUCCGAACGAGUACUUUUCGAAUGGUGCUUAUGUUUGAGAAUGAAAUUGCGGGGGGCCAGAAUAAAAUGAAGGUCUAUGUCAAAACCAGUGUGUGUAUGAAGAAAGUCGUAUAUGAAAUGGGGUCGUCAUUGUCAGAAAUAUGCAAUAUGCCAUUCCUCUUUUCCUCUACGUCAGUUAACGCUUAUCACUUAUACUGUCAGUAACUUGUUAAAUCAGGAUUUGACUCAUACACUGAAUUUUCAGGAUUUUAUCUCAAGUAAUUAUAGACACUAAUCUCGAUAGUAAUACAUUAGAGGGUUCUUAUUCUUUCAUGUACGAUAAUGCCUUUAAUAUGAAAUGCUACAUUAUUUAUAAUUGGUAUAGAUAAUGUAUCUUUUUAUAGUUGUAAGUAAACAGAGGUGGUAUAUUUAACCUUCUGUAAUAUACUGUGUUUAGAAAUGGAAAUCUAUAUAGUAUUAGAUUUCACUUCUUUGAAGGUUUACUCCUGUGGUAUGGCUUAAAAAUCGAUUGGCCUGGGAAUUCUGAUCCUAACUGCAGAUUGUGUUAACAAUGUGAUGAUAAAAUAAAUUGGAUAUUUGACAAA